CUUUAGUUGUUCAUUGAUGAGUCUCCAAGAAGCCAAACCGAAACCGGUAUUCCGUGAAAACCCACGCUUCUUCUUCUUCUUCUUCUUCUACACAUACCACCCACCAAACACCAACCAAUAAUACCCAUGAUCAUUCCUUCUUUCCAUGUCGCAAUCAUCAUAUAUAUAUAUUCGUAUUUUUAACCUGUUCAUAUUCAAACAGAGGUGUGGACUUUCAAACACACACUUUCCUCCAUCAUCAAAUUCCACCACCACCAUCAACACCAACGCCUCUCCUUUUGUUUGGUGAUCUUUGAGAGAAAUGGGAGCUUUUUGUUCAAGGAGUUCAAAACAUGACCAUGAUCAUAACAAUAAAUAUGCUAAAACAAAAACUGGUUCAACAGCAACGGUGAAGAAGAACAAUAGUAAUAAUUUGACUAAGCCGCAGGUACAAGACUCGAAGCAGGAGGUACAACAGCCGAUUGUUGCGCAUUAUGAGACAGAUGGUACAGGUACAGGUGGUGCUGCAGCAACAGAAGAUGAUUUCUAUGAUGGGAUUCCUCGCUACAACGCCGCCUCUCUCAAGUCAAGAUCAAUACGCUCUAAGCAAGCUGCUGUUGCUAAGGUCUCGGAGGUGAGUUCACGUUUAGGCAGGGCUGGAACUCUUGGCCUUGGGAAGGCAGCAGAGGUCUUGGACACACUUGGGAGUAGCAUGGCAAAUUUGAAUUCUGGAAGUGGUUUUGUUUCUGUAGUAGCAACUAAAGGAAAUGAAAUUGGAAUUUUAUCGUUUGAGGUUGCAAAUACUAUUAUGAAAGGACAUAAUCUUAUGAAAUCCCUAUCAAAAAGAAGUAUUAGGCAAUUGAAAGAAGUGGUGCUUCCUUCGGAUGGUGUGCAAAAUUUAGUAUCGGAAGAUAUGGAUGAACUCCUACAGAUUGUUGCAGCUGACAAGAGGGAUGAGUUGAAAGUAUUUUCAGGGGAGGUGGUUCGCUUUGGAAAUCGUUGCAAAGAUGCUCAGUGGCAUGAGCUGGACCGUUAUUUUGAGAAAAUCAGCAGAAAGCUUACCCCUCAAAAGCAACUGAGGGACGAGGCAGAAUCAGUGAUGCAGCAACUGAUGACAUUGGUUCAGUCUACAGCUGAAUUAUACCAUGAAAUGCAUGGUUUGGAUCGAUUUGAGCAAGAUUAUCAGCGUAAGCGUCAAGAGGAGGAUAAGUCACUUGCCAAUCAGAGAGGUGACAAUGUUGCGAUCAUAAGGGGAGAAAUGAAAAGCCAAAAAAAGCAAGUAAAAGUUUUAAAGAAAAAGUCCCUCUGGUCCAGAAGUAUGGAAGAGGUGAUGGAGAAGCUUGUAGACAUUGUCCAAUUUUUACAUUUUGAAAUACAUAAUGCCUUUGGCAGUUCUGAAGGUUGUGAGCCGGCAGAUGAAUCUCCGAGCAGUCAUCGAAGACUGGGACCUUCUGGCCUUUCAUUGCAUUAUGCAAAUAUAGUGAUCCAAAUUGAUACUCUUGUACUCCGGUCAAGUUCUGUAGCUCAAAAUACAAAGGAUGCAUUAUACCAGAGCUUGCCACCUAGUAUAAAAUCCGCUCUACGCUCCAAAUUACAAUCUUUUCAUGUUAAAGAAGAGCUCACUGUCACAGACAUCAAAGCUGAAAUGGAGAAGACUUUGCAGUGGCUUGUUCCAAUUGCCACAAACACAGCCAAAGCCCAUCAUGGUUUUGGUUGGGUUGGCGAGUGGGCAGGCACUGGUUCUGAGGUAAACCGGAAGUCUGUGGUGCAGACUGAUUUGAUUCGAAUUGAGACAUUCCACCAUGCAGAUAAGGAAAAAACUGAAGCCUAUGUACUUGACUUAUUAUUAUGGCUUCACCAUUUGAUCAGCCGAAGUAAGGCUGUUACAAAUGGUGGUGGCAUGAGACCACCCAUCAAGUCCCCAAACAGUAAAUCCCAACCAACGACAACCGAGCAGCCCAAGCAAAUGCCAACAAAUGGCCAGUCACCUAUGCUAACAACUGAAGAACAGGAGAUGUUGCAGUGUGUUAAUAAGAAAAGACUGACCCCAGGGACCAGUAAGAGUCAGGACUUCAAUCAUGGGAAGACCAAGUUAAAAAAGCAAAGCAGUUUGAGCAAGAGUUGUAACACCUCCCCAACAAGGGGAAGCAAGGAAUUGUUGCCUCUUAAGAGGAUUUCUUCUGGGCUUCCUCUCAUUGUUCUUGGUGUUGAAAAGGAGCAGGCAUUGGAUGUCAUCGACGCAUUGGAUGUCAUCGACAGAGUGGCUGUGCUUAGAUAAUUUACCAAGAAUAAAUCACCUUAAAGUUGAAUGGAGUAGAGUCAUAUAUGGAUUAAACAAUCAGUCUGCUCAUGUAAAUGCAUUGUAUUAUGCAGUUUACAUGAUAUUUUUGAGUAUAUGUAUAAAUUUCUUAGCAUGAUUUUAGGUCCUCAAACCUCAGUGUGUCUUGGGUAAAAUUGACCUCUUCUUCUAUAGGGAUUUUUUAAUUUUUA